AUGGCCUUCACAUACGUAACCCCCCCCUCUGAGUUCCUCCAAUUCCUCACCAAUGCAAACCACUACUCUCAAGCCGUCGACCUCGGCAAUGGCUUCGUUAAAAUCUCCGGCCAAGGUGGCUUCAACGAUAAGGGCGAAAUGCCAUCCGAGGUGAAAGAUGAAGUUGAACAGGCUGUGCAAAAUGUUGAGCUCAUGCUCAAGGCAGCGGGGCUGCGCGGAUGGGAGGACGUUUACUAUGUUCGACACUAUCAUCUUGAUAUUGAUGUCACGUUGCCACUUGUGACGGAGGCCAUGAAGAAACGAAUUCCUGAUAAUCGACCGGGGUCUGUCGCCACUGGGGUUCCGAGAUUGGCUUUGCCGAGUAUGAGGUUUGAGAUUGAGGUUGAUGCUAAGAAGCAUACUGCAUGA